AUGGCACGAAUGAAGCUGAAGAAACUCGAGGAAUACCUGCAGAGUGUGGAUGGCUUCGAGAAUCCCAAAGUGAAUCUUGAGCAAUACCCAACUCCGCCACAUAUUGCCAGUUGCAUGAUUUACAAUAUCCAAUCUCGAUACGAGGAUAUUGAGGGUAAAUUUGUUGGAGACUUGGGUUGCGGCUGUGGCAUGUUAAGUAUUGGUUCAUUCCUUUUGGGUGCGAAUCUUACCAUUGGCUUCGAAAUUGAUGAAAGUGCAAUUGAGACAUUCCGUUCGAAUGUGUUUGAAAUGGAAAUUCCGGGUGUCGAUUGUAUACAGUCGGAUGUUUUGCAUUUAGAGAGUUUUUCCAAAUGGAAUAACGCAUUUGAUACUGUGGUUAUGAACCCACCAUUUGGCACAAAGAACAACAGCGGAAUGGAUAUGCGUUUCUUGCAAACUGGCAUUGAACUUGCUUCUAACUCAGUUUAUUCUUUGCACAAAACAUCAACAAGGGAAUACAUCAAUAAAAAAGCCAAAGAAUGGGGCGUUAAGAGCGAAGUUGUGGCCGAGCUCAGAUACAACAUCGAAUCCAGCUACAAGUUUCAUAAAAAACAAUCCGUCGACAUCGAUGUUGACUUUUGGAGGUUUGACGUUAUAAACAAACAGUAAUUAUAAAAUUAAAAAUAAUUUGUUAAAUGUUGGUUUUUCUAUCUACAUAAUUCUCUCACAAAAUAAAUGUUUUAAUAUUU